AUGGAGAACGCUUCCAAUGACAGCCGGGGGCCCUUGGAACGGCUGGGCACAGGCAGCAGUGGUCCGAAGGAAGUGCUGGUGGGCUGCUUCCUGUCACUGCUGGUGCUGAGCACCCUGCUGGGAAACAGCCUGGUCUGCCUGGCGGUCCUCCGCUUCCGCCACCUGCGCGACAAGGUCACCAACUGGUUUGUGCUGUCGCUGGCUGCAUCUGACCUCUGCGUGGCCCUGCUGGUGAUGCCCUGGAAGGCAGCCACCGAGGUGGCGGGGGGCACGUGGCUCUUCGGCCGCCACUUCUGUGACACGUGGGUGGCCUUCGACAUAAUGUGCUCCACGGCCUCCAUCCUCCAUCUCUGCAUCAUCAGCCUGGACCGCUACUGGGCCAUUGCCAGCCCCUUCCGCUACGAGCGGCGGAUGACCCGGGGCCUGGCUUCAGCCAUGAUCGCCCUGGCCUGGAGCCUCUCUGUCCUCAUUUCCUUCAUCCCCGUCCAGCUCCACUGGCAUAAAGCUGAGGAUCUGCCGGAUCCGCAGCUGCACCACUGCGAUGCUCGGCUCAACCGCACUUACGCCAUCGCCUCCUCCCUGGUCAGCUUCUACAUCCCCGUCUCCAUCAUGAUUGGCACUUACGCCCGGAUCUACCGUAUUGCUCAGGCUCAAAUCCGCCGCAUCUCGUCUCUGGAGAGGGCGGGGGGGCUGUGUUCGGCCCAGGGGAAAGAGCCCACCUCUUCUCUGCGGAGCUCCCUGUUCAAGGAAACCAAGGUCCUCCAGACAUUGUCCAUCAUUGUGGGAGUCUUUGUGUGCUGCUGGCUACCGUUCUUCGUGCUCAAUUGUCUGCUGCCGUUUUGUGACUCAAGGCCUGACCAUGGCAAGAUCCCCGGGCAGGUUCCCUGCAUCAGCCAAACGACAUUUGAUAUUUUCAUGUGGUUUGGCUGGGCCAAUUCCUCGGUCAACCCGGUAAUCUAUGCUUUCAACUCAGAGUUCAGGCAGGCAUUCAGCAGCUUGCUAGGCUGCCAUCACCUCUCUUGUUGGGCCGCCCACAGCUCCAUCAUGGAGAGAGUCCACUUGAGCAAUGAACUGGCCUCCUAUCACCAUGAGUCCUCCUGCCACAAGGAUGGAGGGGACCCAGUUCCAUUACCUCCACCUGCCAUUGCUGCCUGGAGUCAAUCACUACCCCAUGCAGUGAGCUUCCCAGGAGACGAAGACAGCUCUGGAGGACCGCUAUUAGAGAAAAAGACACUGCCGUCUUGUCCAGUCGCUCAUAGAAGCAAUACCAGAAAUCUUAACUCGCCAACCUUGCUCCCCUUUGAAUGCAAGAAUGAAAUAUCUUUGGAGACUAUUACUCCCUUUACAGAGAUUACUGGACAUUAG